GAUUUGUAACGGUAGUUAGCUAUUACAAGUCGUCAAUAUGAUAUCGUUACAAAUGUUUAAGUAAUAUUAUUAAACCCCAUAUUCAAAAAAAUGUCUGACACGCUUGAAAACGAAGAUGAGUUGGGAGCAGUUUUGGUUCAGGUUCAAGAUGAUUUGAGACAACUCAGAUGUAGUCUUGAGAAACUCAGUGUUAGUGAGAGGGGCAAAACACUGAACAUUCAAGCCCUGGACAAUGCCAUUCGUAAGACAGAGAGCAGUAUCAGGAAACAUGCAGAGGAUUAUCUGAAAACAGUGACUGAGCAACUGCUGGUUCUUCCAAGAAUUGAAGACUUACAAAAAAAGACUGUGCAGCUUCCCAAAUGGAAACCUGCUGGUGAGUUUCCCAGAUGUGUGUCCACAAAGGAAGACCCUCCAGGGGCUUCACCUGGGGAAAAGCACAAGUCACCGUUAGCCAUGCGUUUGCUGUGUAAUCCUGCUCACCCAAACAACAGAGCCAUUAUGUACCAGAAAUGUGGGCUAUCACUGCCUGAUAUCCACAAGAGGAGCACAAAUGCAGUUCAGGCAAAACAUCACAGAAUAAUCACUGCCCCACGGUUGAGACUUCAAGCCUUUGGAUCAAAGGGCCGUAACAGCCUGGCAAUAACUGAACAAGACACAGGGACAGCGCCAGAUACAAGUUUGUUUUGUAUGUCGAUCCAGCACAAGGUUGCCUCUCUUCACCCCAGAGAGGAUUCAUAUUCUUCUAAGAUAGGUCUGAUAGGCUCGAAGUCCAUGUGUCAUAGGCAUUUGAAAUGGGAAACAGAACCUGGAUCCACCUACGAAAAAACAGGCAGCAAAUGCACACCACUCAGGAAAACCAAGACACAGCCUCCCUCAGCAACCUCCAAGAGCAUGGACCAUGGGAGUAUGAUGCAAGGCACCAACGAUCUUAUCCCUAAAAGCCCAGAGAAUCUACCUGUGCCAGUCCCAGUAAACAUCAGCAAAUACCCCUUUACAAUAACAGAGGGAAGGAUCAACCCCAUGGCAGCUGAUUUCUGUCACUUCAAGCAGAGCUUUAGCUUGUGCUGGAGCAGUGUGGUAUAUACUCUGGAGGGCCUAAAAAAGCUGCUCAGGGACUUUGCUGUGCCUGUAGCCAACGUGAGUGGGGAACGGCUAGUGGAGUUCGCCCAUGGUUGGGAUAAUGGUUGGAGAAAGGCUCCUCCAGUGAUUGGCCUCCUCUCAGUGCUUGAAAACUGGGAGGAGGUAUCGGGUCUGGUCUUACGCCCAGGUCAGCGCUACAAAGGAGAGGGAGGCCUUGAGGCGGCUGCCAUCCACAUCCAGUCCUGCUGGAGAUGCUACGUAGCCCGGACAGCCUACCUGCGCCACUGCCGGCGCAAGUGGGCGGCAGGGACCAUCAGCAUCUCAUGGUUGAUGCACACUCAGAUCCGUCGUGUCAGGAAGGCCUUGCAGGCCCGGCGUUUUAGACAGCUGGAGAAUUACCGCAGCAGAGCACAGCAUCUGGCAAACAACUGGAAACACAUCCAGUCCUCCAAGAGGACCAUUAUCCACAUCCCUUCAUUAGGAUACUCUCAGAGCCAGCGACUGAACUUGAGGGGAUUUGACAUCCUACAGAACAUCCAAAUAAACAGGCUGUGUGAUAUUAGAGAUGAAAAUGUGGAGGUGAUCUACAUAUGCCCCCGGCAUCUGGGGGAGGACAUCUUGCACUAUUACACCAGCCUCCUGAAGUGUGAUAGAGCCACAGACGGGGCUAAUAGUGGAACUACUAAGGCCUCAUCCUGCUUCAGACGCUUUAUCAUCCUCACACCUGAUGCUGUAGAUUAUUUCCCGACCCAUAACAUGUGCCUGUCUACGCUCCUAAAAUACAGUCCACGCACGCUGAAGCGCAUCAGGAACUUGAUCCAGGGAAAACAAGCCUAUAUUGUGGGUGGUGUGGCCCACGUGGAUGACCUGGCAGUGGCUGAUGAGCUGGGAGUGCCAAUCCUGGGGCCAGAACCGGCUAUUGCAGAGCUCUAUAGCACCAAGUCAGGAGGGAGGAGGAUCUUCACCGGGGCAGAGGUUGAUGUACCCCCUGGUCAAGGAGACAUUUAUUCACUAAACCAGCUUCAUGAAACGCUGGCUGAGCUUAUGACUCAAAACUUUGAUGUGCAGCGCUGGCUCUUCAAGAUAGACUCAGAGCACGGUGGCCGUGGCACAGCAUACUGUGAUAUAUGCCAUCUUAGAUGUUAUAACUGGGCCCUGCAGCAAUACCAUCGCUAUGGUCCUGAGCUAUGGAACACAAAAUGGAUUCAGGAGUCUCUGCUGCUCAGAUAUUCAGAUGAGAUCCCAGAGUGGCUGGCCCGUUACGCCCAACCUGCUAAAACCUCCUGCUAUCCCAACUGGGCCUGCUUCCUGAAGACCUUCCUCAGGCAAGGCGGUGUGGUGGAGGCCUACCCCCCUUCAGACAGUGUCACCUGUCUGACAGUAGAUCUGCUUCUGGAGCCCGGGGGUGAGGUGACCAUGCUGUCCUGUGGAGACCAGCUUCAUGGGUCCUGUCAACUGGAAGCUAUAGUUUCCACUGUUCCUCAGACCUCUGUACACCCAGAGACCUUGCACUCCAUCUGCAUGUGUGUGGGCCAGGCUUGUCUGCAGCGCCUUAUCGUAGGUUAUGUCUCCGUGGACCUGGCUACCUUUUUGAACCACAACACCAUGGAGCAGAAGGUGUGGGCUAUUGAUCUGGAUCUCACAUACAGUGACCAGCUGGCCAUGACCCAGAUGCUUCUGAUGAUGACUGGAGGAACGCUGAAUUGCCGCGCAGGCUGUUUAGAAGUGCCAAUGCCAAUCAGAGAGAAACGCUGCGAACACCAGAUUGCUGCCAAACCUCCUGUGGUUAAUCGUUUUGCAGUUAUUGGGAGCCGCUUGUUUCACUCUAACCUUUCCAUGUUGUACCAUAAUGUGUUCUUUAAGAUGUGCAAGGCUCAUGGCAUAGGAUUUAACAUGAAGAGGAAGCAGGGCACUGUGUUCGCUCUUUACGACAGCAGUGAGCGAUGCAGCAUUGGAAUGAUAACGGUCUGUGAGGAUCUCCGGGGAGCUCUAGUGACCUUUGCUCGGAAUCUGUCAGUCAUUCAUCAGGAAAUAUCAUCUUGUAAAAUGCAAGGAGAAACCAAUUUCAAGGAGCGUAUCAAGGAUAUAGAAGAUGUGCUGCAGAGGACUGUUCAGAACAAGCUGCAAGCGAUGAGGGAUAAACCUGCUGCUUAGACAGCCGCUUCACCAAUAAGCUGGCUUUACUCUCACCAAGUUAAGACAUCAUGUCUUUGCCAUCUUUAAGGCCUUAUUACACUGUCAAUGUGUGAACCUUGGAGAUGAAUCUAUGUGGAGAAAACAUAUUGCCAAAUAAAUACCUGAAAAACAUUGUCAGAAUGUGACACGAAGCUUUAUAAAAACUAUUUUUGUGAUCCUUUUAAACUGUCGAAAUAUACAGUCCUUUAAUAUUGGAAAACAAACACAGUAAACUGUGGGCUUGGUAAUUCCGCAGGGGAAUGAUUAGGCUUCAUAGACGUAUUCAUGUAUUAACAGCAUAAAAAGCAGUUUCAUCUUGCGCUUUAGAGUAUCUUGAAUUUGUGCCCAAAUAAAUACCACAGAGAUGAGUAUCAGUAUAUUGUUCAGUGAUACUAGAUAUGCUGAGAAGUCCCAUAAUACACUGCAGCUGCAAACCAUAUCUUACUUUGGACCGCUGAAGAAAGUGAUUGAUGUUGGCUAUAAUCUGAUUUUCAAAGGAUAUGUUUGUUAAGUUGA